AUGUCAAAUGCAAAAGUUUUAAAUUGUUCAACGUCGAUAAGACAUCCAACAACAACAGCUACAAUCAGAGGUGCCGGUGAUUACAACUUGCGACAAACAACGAAUGUAAAUCGACAGAAUUCCUUUAAACAUAAAACGAUGGCGAAUGAAAUGAUUGGAGAAAAGACGACGACGACGACGACAACCGCAACACAAAAAGUCAAAGAGAUAAAAAAGUUGAAUGCCAAUAAUCUUUCACCUUUGAAUUCACCGCAAUUGAUUCGAUCAACUCGGGCGAGAGUUGCUGAAAAUAACGGGUGGAAUAACAGCAUCAAAGUGAAAAGUUCAUGUUCGAGUGGCAGUAACUCGGUUGAGUCCAUUGUUCCUAAAUAUCAGAUUGCGACAAACGCCUCGGUGCUGUCACAAAAGCGAUCGUAUUUGAAUCAAACGACGACCGUGAACAAGUUGACAAAUAAAACCAUGAACAUGCGAAACGAUAAGAGUAAAAAGGAAAUAAACGAAAACUCAUCGACGCAGAAAUCGAUCGAGAAUGGAAGUUUGAAGAAAAAGACUGUCUCACCUGCCACUGCCAAAAAGCUACUUAAGUCAACAUUCCCAUCAUCAUCAUCGCCAACAAAAGCAUUCUCGGCUAAAUUUCCGAAUGGUUUGCCGUUCGAAAAUGAGUUCUAUCAUUAUCGUAAAAACAAUCAUCGUUCAUCUGUUGCGUCUGAUUCGACGACGAGUAAUAAUAGUAGCGAUGAUUUUGCAAAUAAUCAACGGUUAUCGAACUCUCCCUAUCAAGAUGAGUUCAGAAGGAAUCCUUCAAACGAUGCACUCUACGUUGACUUCACACUCAAAUCAUUCGAAAGAUUUGAUUCGGAUGAAGAGAAGUGUAAGAAGAAAAUUAUAAAUAAAUCAACGACUCUAUCAACGAAGACGAAAUAUAUUCUCACCGACAAGAACUGCUUCUACGAGAUUGAAACUAGCAAAAGUUCAAACAGUUCAAUAAAAUCAAACGAAAGUCAGCAACAGGUGGUGGACUUUAUGACAGCACAAACAUCAAAACGUGUUGAGAGAAAUGCUGGUGACGCGGCGUCAGGAGUUGUGUACGUUACAAGUGCAAACAUUUUUCCGAAAUGCAAUCGUCCCCAAACCGACAACGGCAUCGGUCAAGCUGAGUAA